UCCUCCAGUGGUCACAACAAAUGCACCGCGCCAUUCGACGACGAAUCAGAAAGCCGACAAUUCUGCACACGGCCUGAGUUCAUCACAAAGAGCACUCCAAAAGGAGGGAAAAGCAAAAAACGCAAAAUCAAGAAAGAGGAAGUGGCAGUCGAGAAAAAGGGCAGGAAAGUGAUUUCGAAGAAGGCCAUCAAAGCAAAGACAGAAAAGAUCAAGCAAAAGAAGAAGGAAGUUGUCAGUUCAUCGUCGGGGAAUAAAAAAGGCAACGAGCGGCUUAGUUCUCGACCAGGAAUCAAGCUAAGCAGAGAAAAUCCGUUUUUCAUCUCACCGAAAUCUCCUGAAUAUGCGAGCUUUAUCACUAAUUCUCGACUCCUUAUCAGAGCAAUCAUCAGAGGUGACUCGAAGGAGCUCAAGAGGCUCAUGAACUCCGGCAGCAGGAAUAUUGACCUGAACGCGUGUCGAACAUGCUUCUCCCACGCGGACUCACGUACGGCUGAUUCGGUGGCGAUUUUGAGCAAAAAUGAUACUAUUCGACAAGAGUACUUCAGGCUGAAAUCUCAACUCAAUCCGGGAAAAGUCCCGAGGAAGGAACCCAACCUUCUGGAGAGGAAAAGCACCGGCCAGUCAAAUUUCUACAUGCUCGGCCGGGCCACUAGAGCCGUGGAAAUGACUCGAGGUCCGACUUACGAACCCGCCGCUGAUAGCAGUUUCGGCGGAGUGGAUGCUCUGAUCGAGAGCGGUAUUGGUUACAAGGAGAUCGUAAAGCUUUCAAAGGAGCCCAAUCUCGAUUCCAUAGGUAUAAAUGUGAACGGAAUGGAUGGCAAAGUGGUAGUAGCUGCUCGAAUGGGACUGCGAGAGUUGGCCAGUGCUCUCGCUGAAGGCCCAGCUCGCUGUAACAUGAACGAUCUUCAUAGAGAGACACUCAAAACCGGCGGCACUCUGCCCGACCGAAUUCUCGGGUUUCAGUGGCUGAAAAAGUCGUACAACAAUGCAAUUUCACUCGCUUCACACGACUGCCUCAAUCAAUGA